UUUUGAAAAGGAAAUAGAAUACUUUGUUGGAGAAAGCAGGAUGAUGAAACAUUGGUCGCUUUUAUUCGUAAAGCUGUAUAACCUAGAGAACAGAGACUAAUGUGCCUCAGGCUAAAUGGAAGAAGAAGGAUGCUAUCAUGAGACUGUGUGCUGUCCAUAUUCCUGGAAUGGAUCGUGGAGAGAUGGACUUAUAUGAGGAUUAUAAAUCACCCUUUGAUUUUGAUUCGGGAAUGAACAAAAACUAUCUCUACUUGUCUCCUAGUGUAAAUACAUCUCCACCUGGAUCACCUACGCUACAGACAUUCGGUGUACUGAAAACGGAUCAAGUAUCUGAAGAAGGGGAUGAUGCUGUUGCUACCAUCAGUGCUACAGAGACCUUAUCAGAGGAAGAACAGGAAGAACUAAGAAAGGAACUUGCAAAGGUAGAAGAGGAAAUACAGACCUUAUCUCAAGUGUUAGCAGCCAAGGAGAAGCAUCUAGCUGAGAUCAAGAGGAAACUUGGAAUCAAUUCAUUACAAGAACUAAGGCAGAACAUUGCCAAAGGCUGGCAAGAUAUGACAGCCACAUCUGCAUAUAAGAAGACUUCAGAAACUUUGUCUCAGGCUGGACAGAAGGCCUCAGCUGCUUUUUCUUCUGUUGGGUCUGUCAUCACCAAAAAGCUUGAAGAUGUAAAAUUGCAGGCCUUUUCACAUUCCUUUAGUAUUCGCUCCAUUCAACAUUCAAUUAGCAUGCCUGCUAUGAGAAACUCACCUACUUUCAAAUCAUUUGAAGAAAAAGUUGAGAACUUAAAGUCUAAAGUUGGGGGAAAUAAGGCUGCUGGAGGUGACUUUGGAGAAGUCUUGAAUUCCACUGCUAAUGCCAGUGCCACAGAAUCUCUGACAGAACAGACACAGGAGACCCAGUGAGAUUGUUGCCUUUGGUUCUGCUACCCACUGCCAGAUGCUGCAAGCAAGACCUAAGUACAUUGAUAGAAUGGCCUUGGCUAUUUCCACCAAAUGUGUUUUUGUUUAGCUUUAUGUAUUCAUUGGAAAAAAAAAAGUUUGUGGGGUUAACUAUUUUCAAAUUAAAAUGUAGUGGAUGGAUUUAACCUUUGUCGGUUUUUUCCCCCCUCUGCGAUCUUCCCUUCUUAGGGAAGCACUAUUUAAAGAGCAAACAAAUUACAUUUUAGGAUGUUUAAGAUUAGCAUUAUGAAAAAUGACUAUUUUUUCUGGAAAACUCAGUUGAAUGAUCUGAGAAAUUAUAAUUAUAUAUUUUCUCUCCCAGCUAAUGAUUCCUAUGGUACGCUGAUUUAUUUUAUUUCUAAAAGAUUUAUGUUUCCUUUGUAUUUGUAUUUAUUUUGUUGCCAAACUUGAAUGUCAUCCUUUCCACUCUUUCAAGUAAUUCCUAAUUAUUAGAUGCUUUGGUGUACUUAUUUUUUUUUUUUCCCCUUUCUGAUAAGGUCUGCCAAUAAAAAAAAAAACAAAAAACAAAAAACUCCAAAUGAACUUAUUUUGAAUACUGUAUGUGAUCGAAUUUCCUUAGGCAUUGUGUGCAACUAUGCUGAAUCAUAUAAAUAAGUCAAAUAGUCAUGUAAUAUUGAUUUUGUAAUUUGUAAUAAGGUUAUAAAAUCCUAGGUGAUCUGAAUGUGGGUAGUUAUCUAUAUUUCUAGUUUCCUUUGUACAGAUUUAUUAUCCUUAGUGAAAGAACAAUAAUUUUUUUGUAUUGGUAAUUAUACCACUUUCCCAAACGCCUAUUUCACACUAGAUUAAAAAAUAAUUGGAAGGAAUAAUUGGAAUUGGCAUAUAGCAGUUGGUAUAUUUCAAAUUUAUAUUCAUAAAAUAAUUGGAAGGAAUAAUUGGAAUUGGCAUAUAGCAGUUGGUAUAUUUCAAAUUUAUAUUCAUUUGAUCCAGAAUAUUGUUUUAACACCUUUUGAAUUCAUAACACUAAUUAUAUUUGAAUGUCAAACUCAAAAAUAUGUGAUUCUUAGAUGUAGGUGGUUAAAAAUGUUAGAGAAACUUUACUGACUUCAUUUAUUUCCUUCAUUUUGCACCAUUUAAAAUAAAAUGUAAAGCACAAACAAAGAUGCACAAUAGUUGCAGCAUGGAUUUUUAUACCUAUUACUUUUUGAUGAUUCUUUUGAGGAUACAAUGGAUUAAUUCAACUCACCACCUCCACUUAAAUAAUUUUUAGUGCUAGCAUCUUCAAUUGAUUUUGUAACUAUUGCCUCUAACUUCACUUUGAACUGAGUGGUGGGAUUAUUUUGAAGCCUUCUGAUUAUCCAUAAAAAGGCUAAUAAUGUUAAUUCUAAUAACCAUUUGUUAAUCAUUUUCAAUCCCUUGUGUUCUGUGAGUUUAUGGCAUAUAGUAUUGGUGUUGUUAUCUAAUUUGUAAUUGUUUUUGUUGUUGAUGCAAAUAUUCAUUUGGAGGCAUGACUUGAUUUAUUGAAGGAUAAAUUCUCUUAUCAAAACCAAAUUUUAAAACUGCCACAAGUGUUGUUUUAAAUAAUAUGCUGCAUCCUAAUAGCUUUGUUAGCACUUUAGAUAUAAUUGAUAAAUGCUCUAUUACAUGUGAAAUGCUUAAUAAAUGCUCUAUCUCAGCA